AUGGCGAAACUGCGGAUUGUGUCCAACCAAGAGAUUCCCAUGGUCGCUGCUGUCAUUUUAGCGACGACAACUAAAACUUCUCAUAAUGUGCCAGCAUUAGAAGACGACGGAAUUCGAAGGAGGAUCCGUUCAUGGCUUAAACCACCUGAUCCGACCACGAACUUCAACACGGCUAUAGGAGCACGACAGGUAGGAACCGGCGACUGGUUUAUACACGGACAGGAAUUCGUGGACUGGAUGAAGGCGCCGGGUUCGUUUCUGUGGAUUCGUGGUAUACCUGGCAAUGGCAAAACGAUCAUUUGCUCUACAGUCAUCGAGACUCUGAAGCGUCGAGUUGAUUCCUCUGUUGCGUUAGCGUGUUUCUACUUCAACUUCAACGAUUCCGAAAAGCUGAUCUAUCGAAACAUGUUGCAUUCGCUCAUCUUCCAACUCUGCAACCGAUGCCCUGGCCCUUUGAGAGACCUCUACAAACGGACCAAUGACGGCUCACAGCAACCGACAGUGGAUGAGCUACUUGGUACCUUGAAGAAGACCAUCGGCUCCUACAGCCAGACUUACAUUGUCAUUGACGCAUUAGACGAGUGCAUCAGCUCAGAGCUAGGAGAAGUUCUCAAAUUCUUGGCCGAAGUCAAGAUUUGGAAUCUCAAGAACCUUCAUAUUUUGGCUUCGAGUAGACCUGAACAGGAGAUUAUGGAGGCAGUGGAUUCUUUAUAUACAUUCACUGUCGAUCUCCACGAUGCACAUUCUAGUAUCAAGGACGAUAUCUAG